AUGGAUGACCCCUUUCUUCAACCUCUGAUCGAGUGUCUGCAUUAUUCACCCUUUGCUAUUGCUUUGACGAAAAUUGAGAAUGUGCCCUUGGUUCAUCUGUCCAAGGCAUAUUCGACUGCAAGCUACCAACAAGUGGAAGAGAUGAUCAAGUUUGAAAUCGAUACAAAGAAAACCCAGAUCACUAAGUCACAAUUCAUUAGCCUACUAGGUAUUCCUCUAGGCUGUGACCUAGUCGAUCCAGAAUCCGUCUCCAACUCUGCUAUUUUGGAGAUGUUUUUCCAAAUAGGGUACAAGGAGUGUUUGGCUGUCGUGUUAAAAUUCAAGAAACCAAACCUUCUGCCUAGGUGGAAUGUGAUUUUAACCUAA